AUGAGAAGCUCAAUUCAAGUCAGUUUUCAAUUGAUCAUUUAUAUUAUUUUAGAAGACAUUUAUUUUAUAUGUAUCAGAUUCGUCAAAUCCCUAAACCAAAGAACCAAUCACGUAAUGCUACUAGAAUUCGUAUUGAAUUCAGUUAGUUUGGCAUCAGGAACUAUUCAGUUGGUUUUGGCGAAUUCAGCUUCAGGCUUAUUAUCCGUACUAAGCAUAGUCGUUUUAGUUUUGGUCCAAAUAUUCGUUUUAGCUUGGAGUGCUAACGAAAUAAGCAUCGCGGGUUUGAGCAUUGCAGAUGCUGUGGCUGCUAGUAAAUGGGAGGAACAAACUAAACAGGUGAAAAGUCUUUUGUUGGUUAUGAUGAUGAGAGCUCAAAUUCCUAUAGGGCUCACUGCAGGGCCGUUUUUUCAAAUGAUUACAAAUUCAGCCCUAAUGACAGUGAAAGUUGCUUAUUCUUACAUGGCAAACAAUUACCAAUAA